AGGGAAAAAGUUUAUAUCGCUUUUAAUUGUUAGAAUCAAAUUAUAGUUUUGCUAAUGAACGUUACACUGAAUUUUUUUCUAAAUCUAGUUUCUCUAUCACAUACUACAGCUCUUUGACGACACGGUAGUCGGUGAUAUAUCUAAGACAACCGUAUAUGUUGUAAAAAUGUUAUCGCGGAAGAACAAAGACUUGAAAACUAUAAAAGAAGGGGUGGUUGGCAAAUAUGUUAAGAAAGAUACACCUCCUCCUGACAUGCAAAUUAUUAAUGUUUGGACUACAGAACCAAAAAAACGAAUUUCAACUCAAGGUAGAUCGUCAUUGACCUUACAGUCAACAAGUUCUAGUCAACCUGGACAAACCAAUACUAUUCAAAAGUUUGGUAAUCAAAAGACUACUGUUAGUGAAGUAGGACUUGGUGCACAUGAAGGAAAAUAUACACCAAGCGCUUCAGUUCCUGAUUUAGCUACACGUUUUGCCAAUCUUUCCAUGAGUAAUCCAAAUGCCAACAUUUCAUCUGUAGCAUUUAGACCAAGUUUACCCCAGCCUAUUUAUAUGAAUCAACCUAAUACAUCUCACUAUGACAAUACCUCGGAGAAUAAUGCGAAUUAUGUUGAUAUUGAUCAGAUUUAUCCAUUGCCAGUUGAGGAAAUUGGAGAUUCUAGUUAUAACAGAUCCCAGUCCCCAAUAUAUCAAAACACUACAGAUCCCCAAAAUAUAAAUAGCAACCCAAUUUAUAGUAAUACGAAUUUGGAAAGAUAUAGAAGUUCUUAUGAUCAAUACUUAUCACAUCUUCAACGCAAUGAUACUAAUAAUGGGAAUAGUCAAGGACAAACAGAAGAACUUCCUUUACCCCCUGGGUGGUCAGUUGACUAUACUUUGAGAGGAAAAAAGUAUUAUAUAGAUCAUAAUACUAAAACAACACAUUGGUCUCAUCCAUUGGAGAGAGAAGGUUUACCUACGGGAUGGCAGUGCAUACAGUCCCCACAAUGUGGCGUUUACUAUGUGAACCAUAUAACUAGACAGGUUCAAUACGAACAUCCAUGCUUGGUACCAUGUUUGAGCUACCAUCCUGAAAUGAGAUAUGCUCAUCUUCCACAGCACACUAGUUAUCAACCACAUAGUGUUUUAGUUCCUGCAAACAGAUAUCUUUUGGAGGAAGUCCCCCAUUGGCUAGAUGUUUAUUUCAAAGCAAGGCCAGAUUUGGAUCAUAAGCUGAAGUGGGACAUGUUUCGUCUAACUGAGCUAGAAUGUUAUAAUGGAAUGCUCACAAGACUUUUCAUGCAAGAGAUGGAAAAUAUAGUUAUGAAAUAUGAAUGCUACAGAUCUGCUUUAUUAGUGGCUAUGCAAAAAUUUGUUGGAAAUUCUUCUAAUGUAAAUAAACCUUGAAUUGCAAUCUAAAAUAAUAUUUAAAAAAGUGCCUUCACAUUGUUUUCAGUCUUUAUGAGCAGUAAUGAGAAUCCCUAUUAAGAUAUAUAAAUGUAUAUUUAAAUAAAUAUAUUUCGAAUUGAA